AAACGAGGGAAAUGAGUGUGCAGUAAAACGAAAGAGGAGUUGCUUUUGUGAUGAUGCUGAUGGAAGGUAACGGACGGAAGGGAUGAUGAUGGAUCGAUGUACAACCCCGUCCGAUCGUCUGACUGUUGUGCUGAAUGUGUAUGUGUUUGUGUGUGUGGCGUACAGCAAGCAAUCUCUAUAUAAAAGAGCAUCUGGAAGGUGCUUUACAUAACCGGUCCGUGGUGCACGGUGGAAGCCGUCUCGUUGUCUGUUUUUUUUGUUUGUUCCAUGCUCAAAGUUCAGGGGGAAAACGUCUUCCUCUCUUCUAAGACGUACGCACACAAACGAACAACGCACAUAACGUAAGAACGGUUUGCGCAGGGUCCCAAACUGACUCUGUCUGUCCGUCUGACUGUCUGUCUCGCCGUCUGGUCAACAGGGGGACCGGCUAAAGAAACCCUGCUCAGUCUUUGUUGUGCACUCGCUCCGAACGGAACAAACGGCGGACAAGCAAAUAAAACCCGAAACAACAGUGUGAAUAGCAACGAACGGUUAGUCCCCAUUUGGCAAAGCGAGAUGGUGCUGCGUGUGACCGUUAUGUGCGGUGUGCUGGCGUUGGUGAUGGCCAUCGGUCAGGCAGCGAACCCGACUAGUGACGCAUUCGCACGCAACGAAAUAGUGCCCGAUCUGAUCGAGAUCGCACCGGAGCAAACGAUCAAGAUCACGUACCCCGAGUCGGAUGUGGAGGUUUCGCUCGGGAACCAGCUCACUCCGACCCAGGUACGGUUGCGACCGAAGCUGUGCUGGGACGUGGAACCGAAAGCUCUCUACACACUGCUAAUGGCCGAUCCGGAUGCGCCAUCGCGCAGCAAUCCUGAGAUGCGUAGCUGGAAACACUGGCUGGUGGGUAACAUUCCCGGUGCGAAUGUGGAUGGCGGUGAGGUGCUGGCCGAUUACGUGGGUUCUGGACCACCGCAAGGGACCGGACUCCAUCGGUACGUGUUUCUCGUGUACAAGCAGCAGGACCGAGUGGCAUUCAACGAGACGGUGCUCAGUAGCAGGAACCCGAACCGUGGCAAAUGGAAUCCGGCACAGUUCGCGAAGCAGUACGAGCUGGGCGAUCCGGUAGCCGGCAACUUCUACCAGGCCCAGUACGAUGACUACGUCCCGGAGCUGUACGCCACCUUUACGGACACGACCUGAACGAGGCAGGAUCUUGUUCAGUGUUCGUAACUGUUUUAACCCCUUGUCCCUAUCCCAGCUCCUUCCGAUUCCCGGUUCCAACAAAUCCUGGUGUGGUACUCCCACACACACACACGCACGCACACUAGCCAUUUCCCCACACAACUUGUUUUGGUUCCAUCCACUGCACAAAAUCACCGUGUUACAAUAAAACAUAAAAAAAAGAAUCGUGAGAGAAAAAAAAAAUAGUCGC